AUGGCCUUCAUCCUACGGCGACCUUUCGCGGUCGCAGGCACCAUCGCCAAAGAGCUACCGAAGGCCUCAGCGACACGAAACGCCUUCCGCAGCUUCCAGACCCAAGCAACCCAGCAACAACCCAUCCUCAAGCAAGCAACGCCUCUCCGAAGCGCGUUCGCGUCGCAGCAGCAGAAUGUCUUUCGCCAAGCGUUCAAACAGUCAAGCAGGAGGACAUACCAAACAAACGCGCCCGCAAAUCCACUCGCACAAGGAAACCUCACUCAGCGCCUGAUAUACGGCGGCGCCAUCUUCGGAGGAACUUUGCUUGCCAUCAAUCUGGUCUUCAACCGGGAAACAAGAGAAGAUGGAGGAAUGCCACCGUACGAGAGAAGCUACCUGAAUGAGACGUUCUUGCACACGGGACUGGGAAUCGGAAUUAUCGGUGUUGCCGCUCGCGCUCUCCAUGUCAACGGCUGGUCUUAUAGACUGAUGUCUGCAAACCCAUGGCUGGUUCUUGGUAUUGGCCUUGUUGGAUCUAUCGGCACUAUGAUGGGCUGCCAUGCUACUCCACCGGAGAACUACAUGCUCAAAUAUGGUCUCUGGACUGCAUUCAACGUUACUCAAGCCGCUCUGCUCAGCCCACUGCUGUUCUUCUCCCCUGCUAUCCUUGCGCGCGCUGGUCUCUACACCGUUGGUAUGAUGGGAUCCAUUGCGUUCGUUGGCGCCACUGCCAAACAGGAGAAGUACCUGUACAUUGGUGGUCCCCUCCUUGCUGGUGUAGCCAUCGUCGCGAUCUCUGGAUUCGCCCCGCUCGUCCUUCCGGCCACUGCAACUCGCGCCCUUAUGUGGAGUGAGAGGAUCUGGCUCUACGGAGGUCUGGCUGUCUUUGGUGGCUUCACCCUCUACGAUACCCAAAAGAUUCUCGCCCACGCGCGCAUGGCAGAGCGUGGUCUCUUCAAGCGUGAUGCUGUUAACGAGUCCAUCGCGCUUGAGCUCGACUUCAUCAACAUCUUCAUCCGUAUGGUGCAGAUCUUGGCCCUGCAGCAACGGAGAAAGUAG